CCUCACCCGUACGCCCGCAGCAGCUGUGGUAGGCCGUGUGACACGUGCUCAUCUGAUACCAGUGAUAUUGUUUUAUUAUUGUCUGUCAUAUUACACGAUAUUUUACAAUGUCCAUGUGCGGUCGUGCUCGGAACGGCUUUCGGUUCGUUUUCGCAAACCGCGAGCACGUUUUUCAUGGCGCACGGUGGACACUGUCCACUGGACAGUCGUCGUGCGGACGCGAAACUCGCACGCCGCCGCAGCCGUAGAUAAGAGUAACGAGUACGGCGGGUCCAACGCGCUCCACAUUAGAAUGUAAUUUUUCGAUUUGUUCCUUCCUCUCCGUUCCGUAAUUCGAUUAUUACGCAACGAUUUUCACCCGGUCGGAGAACGGUAAGACUCGAAGCAUUGUAUUGUCCCGUUACAGUGACUGCCAACCAUCACGUCAAGCGUUCUGGAAGUUGCGUACCCACUCAGUUUUAAUAUUAAUUUGGGCGAUUUUAUUCAAGUGAAUACGAAAUGGAUGAGUGGAUCGAGAAAGUUGUCAAACAAUCAUCCAACAUAGAGUUAUAUCCGAAUCCAGGGAACCAAGUCUUCAAGUAUGGUGUGUCGGGCAUUCGUUUCAGUUCAGAACAUCUUGAUCAUGUCAUGCAUCGCAUGGGCAUGUUGGUCGCUCUGCGUUCUAUGUAUUUCAAGUCAGCAGCAGUAGGUCUUAUGAUAACAGCUUCACAUAAUCCACAAAAUGACAAUGGUGUCAAACUCAUUGACACUCAAGGAGAAAUGUUGGAUACUUCGUGGGAGGAAUUGGCCACUGAAUUAGCAAAUGCUCCUUGCGAUCAAGAUGUUUGUGUUAUACUCAUUAAUAUAGCCAAAAAAUAUGCUAUAAGCUCAUCAUUUACACCUUGUGUAUUUAUCGGUCGUGAUACUAGACAUUCCAGCAAAAGGUUGUUGGAUGCUGUUCUUUAUGGUGUUAAAGCUUUUAAAAGUAAUUUUGAGGACUUUGGUAUAAUUACUACACCGAUGUUGCAUUUUUUUAUUAGAUGUUAUAAUACCAAUGGCUUGUACGGUCAACCAAAUGAAUAUUCUUAUUAUACUAAAUUAACUGAUAGUUUUAAAACUCUACGUAAAAUGUGUUCAGAUUUUAAGAACUAUAGUCCUAUAAUAGAAUUUGAUGGUGCAAAUGGAGUAGGUGCUUUAAAAAUGAAGGAUGCACUGGUAUUUUUGGAUGAAACAUUAAUAAUUAAUAUGCAUAAUGAUGACAUAUUAACUACAGAAAAGCUCAAUUUCAAAUGUGGGGCAGAUUAUGUCAAAUCAAACCAAUGUCCUCCAACUGGAAUGGCUAUAAAACCGCAUGCUAAGUAUGUGUCCGUGGAUGGAGAUGCAGAUAGAAUAAUUUAUUCCUUUAUUGACGAAAACAAUACAUUUUAUUUAUUGGACGGUGAUCGAAUUGCUACCCUUGUGACUGGUUAUAUAAAAGAUUUAUUCACGGCUUCUGGUCUUGAAAUUAAUGUAGGCCUAGUGCAAACUGCUUAUUCAAACGGCAAUUCCACAAAAUAUGUUACUGAUAAAUUGAGAGUACCUGUUGCAUGUGUUCCAACUGGUGUGAAAUAUCUUCAUCAUAAAGCUAAGGACUAUGAUGUUGGAAUUUAUUUUGAAGCAAAUGGGCAUGGCACUUUAUUAUUUAAGGAUGCAGUACGUGAACUCAUUCGCAAUCAAUAUGCCAUUGAAAAGGAUGAGAAAAAAUCAUUGGCAUUAAAGAAAUUGAUUUGUAUAGUGGAUAUGACAAAUGAAACUGUUGGUGAUGCUUAUUCUGAUAUGUUGAUUGUUGAGACUGUACUUUGUGAGCGAGGUUGGAGUUUAAGUGAUUGGUACAACACUUAUUCAGAUUUGCCUAAUCGUUUAGCAAAAGUGAUUGUCAAAGAUAGAAAUACAUUUGAAACUGAUGAUGCAGAGAGAAUUUGUGUCAAGCCAGUAGGCCUUCAAGAAAUAAUAAAUUCUAUUGUAUCAAAGUAUCCAAUGGGUCGAUCCUUUGUCAGGCCGUCCGGUACUGAAAAUGUGGUGAGAAUUUAUGCAGAAGCUGAUACUAAAAUCAAUGCAGACAAACUUGCACUUGAAGUGGCUACUGCUGUCUAUGAUAUAGCCGGUGGUGAAGGGAAAAGACCAGAAUAACUUUAGUUCUCUUUUUCAAAUAAAAAUUAUUGUGUUCAAAUGAAAUAAUUGUUCAGGGAUAUUAAAACAUGUGCUUUAAUCAUUAAUACAGUUACCAAAAAAUAGAAUUUACUUAAAGUAAGAUUUUAUAAAAAAAAUAAUCUAAGUUUGAUUGUUAUAAAUUUUAUAUUACG